CUCUCUUCAGCACACACACACACACACACACCCUCCCUCACCACACACACCAUCCCUGGCCACCAGCAGCGUCUGACGGCUGCAUCCUCUUUGCCGUAGCAACGCGGGGACCUCUCCAUCCUCCUCUGCGUCGUCUGCAUCUAACAUCCCACCGACCGCAGGAGCCUUUUGUGUCUCCACGAGGGGCCAUUGUUGUUCCUCCCUUCUUCUUUUUUUUUUUUUUUGGAGAAAAGAGCAACACCAUGGACGUGAUGGGUAACAGGGAGCGACGAGGCGUGAAUUUCAAGGGCUUGCUGAAGAGGAAUUGGCUUCUGAUUGCCACGGUGUUAUCAGUGCUGCUCGGGAUCAGUUUGGGCGUCGUGGUCAGAGAGUAUGCGUCCCUCUCCCACCUCCACAAGCAGUACUUUGGCUUCCCAGGGGAGAUCCUCAUGAGGAUGCUGAAGCUCGUGAUCCUCCCGCUCAUCAUUUCAAGCAUGAUCACAGGUGUUGCAGCCCUGGACUCUGAGGUAUCAGGAAAAAUAGGUCUGCGAGCUGUUAUUUAUUACUUCUCAACAACCAUCAUUGCAGUUGUUCUUGGCAUUAUUUUGGUGAUGACCAUCAAACCAGGAGUCUCUCAGACUGCUGAUCAUAUUGACAGAGAAGGAACCACGCCCAACGUUACAACAGUUGACACCCUCUUAGACCUCCUCAGAAACAUGUUUCCAGAAAAUCUGGUGCAGGCUUGUUUUCAGCAGUACAAGACCAAGCGCAAAGAGCUGGAGCCUCCGAAAGCUUCAGAAGACACCACCACGAUUCCACCUCUAACAACUACUAUCAUGGCAGUGGUAGAGAAUAUAACCAAGGACUAUAAAAUCAUCGGGACAUAUUCAGAUGGAAUCAAUGUAUUGGGGCUUAUCGUGUUCUGUGUUGCUUUUGGCCUCGUCAUUGGGAAGAUGGGUGAAAAGGGCCGUAUCCUCCUGGAAUUUUUUGAUGCGUUGAAUGAAGCAACAAUGAAACUGGUCCAGAUUAUUAUGUGCUACAUGCCAAUAGGGAUCCUGUUCCUAAUUGCUGCUAAGAUCAUCGAGGUGGAAGACUGGGAGAUCUUCAAGAAGAUGGGUCUUUAUAUGGUGACGGUGCUGAGUGGUCUAGCUAUCCACGCCGCCAUCUGUCUGCCACUCAUCUACUUCGUCAUAGUGAGGAAGAACCCGUACAUAUUCACACUGGGGAUGGCUCAAGCCCUGGUGACAGCACUCAUGAUCUCCUCCAGCUCUGCCACCCUACCCGUCACUUUCCGAUGUGCUGAAGAGAACAAUCGCAUCGACAAGCGGAUCACACGCUUCGUACUCCCAGUGGGUGCCACCAUUAACAUGGACGGCACAGCACUUUAUGAGGCGGUGGCCGCCAUCUUCAUCGCCCAGCUGAAUGAUUAUGCUCUGGAUGUGGGCCAGAUUGUUACUAUCAGUAUAACAGCAACAGUUGCCAGUAUUGGAGCAGCAGGAGUGCCUAAUGCUGGGCUUGUCACCAUGGUAAUAGUUUUAACAGCUGUUGGAUUACCUGCAAGUGAUGUCACUCUGAUAGUGGCUGUGGAUUGGCUGCUGGACCGGUUCCGCACUAUGAUCAACGUUCUUGGCGAUGCUUACGGCGCCGGAAUUGUCCAGAAACUAUCCAAGAGGGAAUUAGAGAGGAUGGAUCUGACAUCAGAUGUGGACGUCGCCAACCCUUUCGCCCUGGAAGCCACUUUGGAUGACGAAGAGUGCGAGAAGAAAUCCUACGUCAACGGUGGCUUCACUGUCGACAAGACAGAUGCAAUCUCCUUUACUGAAACCUCCCAGUUUUAGCCUAUGGCUGGCUCAGAGGAGCAGAGAAAGUGCCAUGCUGCUAUGGAUGUUAAACGGAAAAAAACCUUCCAUCAUGUAUCAGCACCAUGACGAGAGAGGAAAACUAGACCCAUCCAAGCUCAGACAUCAGCAAUAGCAGCCUCCAUUAAAGCUUAUCCAAGAUGAUCACCCUUCAUGUCAGACAUUUACAACCACGACUAGAUUAAAGUGCUUCCUUCUUACACUCAAAUUGUGCCAAGAUUAAGAGAAGUCAGUUUUCUUUUGAAUAUGAGUGUGUUCUUGCAAAGAUGCAUUCAAAAGAAGAGCUGUGUGUGUUUGCGUGUGUGUGUGUGUGUGUGUACGAAAAUAUUUUUUUUGUAUGAGGUCUGUGUAUGUGUGCUGCAAAAAAGGAAAUGUCAAUUGAACACAAGCAAAAACAAAACGAUAUUCUGAAUGUGAAACCUACUUUAUUUCCUCCUUGAUUGGACAAUAAUCCUCUAAAAUGUCUGAAUGAUCUUUUUUUGUGUGGCUGUUGUUAAACGUCUAUGUCCCAUAAUGCACUGCUUGUAUAUCUAUAUGUAUAUUUAAACUGUGCCAAACAAUACGAAGAGGUUUUUCCACAAGUUGCAUGAAGCAAUAUGUUAAAGAAAUGCUAACCGCUGGCUGCAGACUGAUUUUUUUAUGGAGUCUUCACAGAGACUGGAGAUGGUUAACAAAGGCUUAUGAAGUCAUUGAACACUGUGAAAUUUGAGGACAUUUUUUCAGAACCAAAUCACUAACUGAUUUAUUGCAAAGUAUAAUGAUCAUAAAUCGUGUCUGUGUUUAGGCAGCUAGAGGAAAAUGACAGUAUAUUAGACAUUCUCAAACAAGAAUGUUUGAAUUCUCUCCUAAUUUAUGUGUCAAUAAUCAAAUAAUCAAGUGCUUUUUCACAAUUUUGCUUCUAUAUUUAGGAUUAAAAUAUGUUCUAAUGCUUAACCAAUUGCUCAUGUAGAUGUGCAGUAAGCUUUCGUCCGGUCAACAAACUCUUGCAUGUCAUAGGCAUUUUUGUUUAAACAUGACAUGAAAACCCAGCAAAGAAUGGUUUGACACUUAUGAGGAAAAAACACCUCUGCUUUUUGGACAGUAACAUAAAAAAAUCUAUAUCAGUUAACUUUGGUUAAAGACUGCAAACAUGAGGAAACUGUUCAAAUAUACACCUACCGCAACCUCUAAAACUCAACUCAUAUAUAAAAACAAACUAUGUUUUUACAUUUCUAUUUGUAAACUAAUUAAGUAAAUCAGUCUCGGAAAGAAAGUGAAUAAGACUAUUUCCUAAAAUGUUGGGCUACUCAUUAGUUACAAGCCACAAAAACCAGGCUCAACAGCAAAGAAAGAGCAGUCAUUAACAGUUACAACAGCUAUGACAGCUUUUUCUUUGGUAGUUUAAUUUCCCAAAGUCAAAUAUAACUCAAAUGUUGACCAAGACUGGAAAAUCUGGUUUGUAGCCAUAGCUACAGGGCUUUACCACACCUUGCAACAUUUUCUGCAGGACUAUUAUAAGUCUGUGACAUUUGUAACUUGCUAUUUUACAUGAGCAAAAAAGAGAGUUUGAGAUUUUAAUAUCCAAACAUUACAAGCUCAUGGUUUCUGUCAUGACACUGCCCUCUACCAUAGCUGGUCUGUAUGCGAUGUCAGUAUAAAAACGAGAGAAACUGCUGUAGUAGCUAACAAGCAAAACUAUAAAAAAAUGAAGGUACUACACCACUGUGUGUUUUUGAUGCUACAGUAUGCCUUUGAUGCUUCCAGUCCAGAUCCCCUCUUAGCUUCUUGCAAGCUAAAUGUGGCUGCAUACAAUGGUGGCUGAACGUUACCCAAGACCACAAGUCAAAGUGUCGACCACGACUGACAUUUGUUGGAAUUUCAAAUUUGGCUCUGGUUGGCUAACUGCACUGCCUGAACACAACAUAGAAAUUAACAAGCCUAAAAGUCUAAAGCUGGGCUUGUUGCCCUUAGUGAUGGUGUUCAUAAUGAACCAGUGGGCAUGGCUCUAUUUAAAUAGUAUAGUUUAUCACCUUUGGAGCCCGUAUGUGAUCAAUUUGUUGAGAGACAGAAUAAUAAUUAGCAUUUGAUUUGCAAGUCACUUAGCAAAAACUUAGCAAAGACCUGCUGGUUCAAACUUCUAAACUCUCUGUGUUAUAUCAUUAGAAUGUCCAUGUCUUUGGUUGUGUACUAUUUGUUGGACAAAACAAAACAAUUAAAGAUGUCACUUUUGGCUAGAUGAGUAAUAAAAAAUAGAAUUAGUUGUUGCCUUUUGUACAAAGCUGAAGCAGGGGGAAGUUAAAGCAGUGUCCAAAAUGAAGGGUUCAUGUUCAUGGAGCAACAAUGUACUUGGUUCAUUUUAUGCCAGUCAAGCCAAUACAUUUUAGUAUUUCUUGCUUGAAGGUGGAAAUGUGGGCUUAAUGAUGGCUAUAUUCAGGCUGGUAGCUAUUGAAAUGCUCUUAAUCUACUUGCUCUGGGAGAAAGUGUUGGAUGGACAGACUGACCGAAAGGCCUAGCAUUCUUUAGUAUGUUAUUGAUGGUUAAUGCUUUGACACGAAUGCCACAAAAGAUGAAAAAAUACUUGUAAGUUAAAGCCUCCUGGCAGCACUCUUACUUCUGAUGCUUGUGGUCUUAUGCUUUGUUUUUAAUGAAAUCUAUGUCCAUGUCUGUAACUGAGAGCUGUGUAUUAGUAUGCAGCAGCUCUAUGUGUACGUGCACAUGCAGUACUUAAGCUUGGAAUAAGUAGUAUUGAGUUGUUGGUGGGUGGUGGAGUCAACUUGAAAAAGACACAACAUGGGACCAACAACGUUGAGGUUUUCCUGUUGUACUAUUUAUGCUAUUCAUAUACAGUAUAUUUCAAUGUAUACAGCAAGUGCACCCCAUAAUCACUGUUCCCAGCAUGAUAAUCAAUAUCACUGUAGUAAAAGCGGCCCUUCUUUGAUUGGUUUACUUUCUACCAUUGCUGGAGUCUGAGCCAGAUACCUUUCAAAUCUCCUUGCAGGAAAAAAAAUCCACCUCAACACAACUUAGUGAGACUUAUGUUAUGUUAUCACAUGCAUAUAGAGGUAUGUAUUCUCAGACAACCGAUUAAUCUACGUUCAUUACGAGAAACUGCAAGCUCCUAUUUAGUAGUUCUCUCAGAUUGUGGUAGAAACUGAACUGCCAGUAGUUUACAGCACAAUAUUGUACUGUACAAUGUGUUCCAUUUAAAGGUGGAAGUCCCCAAUAGUUAGCCAUGCUAAUUUUAGUGGUCCAGAAAUCGUGUAAGAAACACCUGUGUUGUGCUUAUGUACAGUACUGCUCCCAAAACAACAGCUAAUGUGUCUGUAUGUAGCAAUGUUAUAAGCUAGGUUGGUGUAGAAAACUACAAAUGCUACUCCAAAAAAUUCCUUCCUAGAAAUCACAGAACAGACUCUGGUGAGAUUUUCUUUGAGAUUUUGUGGAAAUACAGUCCCUAAUGCAACAGAUAAUGUCUCAGUACUUUGCAAUGUUAGUAGCUGCCUAGCUAACUUUAAAGCAACUUUAUCAUUCAGCUAUAUCCUUAACCGAGUAUCAUGCAGAUGUUUUGAUGAAGUCAUGAAGUGUUGAAAAAAAUCAGUCUAUUUUCAGAGUAAUCAAAAUGUUCAAUAAAGUGAUGGUGUUUACAGAGUGUUGUCAGGUUUAGUGUGAUUUCACGUGACUAUAUCCUUGGGUGAUAACAUACCUUGUUUUAUCUUGAAUGGUCAUUCCAGCACUUUUCCCCAAGAGGCCAAAAUUUCCAAAUCCAUUGUGUUUGGAAUGCAGUCCAAGUCUCAGUGUCUCCAUUUUAGUUGUCCCUACACUGCCAAAAGGGCCACAUUUGACAUAAAACAUGGGUGAAUGAAGCUGCUUGUUUGUAAUUCUAUACUAACGUAGAUAAGCCCUUGUGAAUCAGGUUGUAUUCUACAUUUCAAAAGCACACUGACAUCAACUGACCCCUUCUCUGUACAGAUGACUACUUGAGUACCUACAGUAUGUGAAUCAACAUGUACUACAUUAUGUGUAACUGCAAGCAAAUAAAAGAAAGUUGCUCAUUC